CCGGCUCACCUCAUGAUGAACACCUUUACUGGUUUAACUUACAGCUGACCGCUGUGAGUUAUCGAGAGUCGUUGUUAUGACGGAAUUUAAGGGCAGCAGUCGAUAUCUUUACAGUUUACACAGCUGUUCGUGUUGUCCUGCGUCGCAGUGUACCUUUUCUGUUGUUUGAAUCAUGGGUUUCUAGCUGUUUUCGUCUGGUGGUGAUGGUUUGUAAUCCUCAAGUUAACCAGGAGGGGUCACGUGAUAUUGUUGAGAGGGAUGGCAAGCUGCCAAAACUCAAGUCUAAAACACCACACCCAGGAAUCACUGAGGAUCCUUCUAAACGAUUAAUGAUAAAGAUCCCGCGGAUAUCCUUCUCGAGCGAGUUUUCAAUAACAAGUGCGCUUUCCAAGCAGUCCUUCGCAGAGAUUGAACAAACGUAUAAAACCUACCCAAAACCCCCCAAGAAAACAGACACACCUAUUCUAUUUGGAUUACCUCGGAAUCAGAUAGAGACAUGUACACUGUUUGAACGCUAUCAACAAAAGAGGGCAGAAGCAGCUAGAGAACCCCCGGCAGGUAUGCAGAUAAAGAGAGGGACGAUAUUUCAAGGGAAGGUAGUCCCAGAGGGGCUGCACCCGAACUUCAACAAGCUACCCAGACACCUGUUAAUCGCACAGUACAGCAACAAGGUGAACAGGAUUAACAAAAUAGAUCGCACGAUGAGGUUAACAGAACCUCGUAACAAAAGAAGGAAAUACAAGACGACCAACAGUUUCAGAUUUAUCACAAACGAGCAAUGUCUGGAGUGCCACGUGGACCAAGCUAGCGAACUGUUUGGAUCUCUAAUAGACCUGAAGAGAAGUCUCAACAAGAUGGAUAUUGAGAAGCCGAUAGUGCUACCAACUGCUUCAGCCUGUGGUAGUAGAGGGACGAGUUACAGCAGAGUGCUGGGCAGGAUGCAGACAAGGAAUGGAGCACCUGAACCCCCACCCAACUCCAGACUUGAACCUUAGCUGACUUGUGGGGAGUUUUAAGUUCUGGAAAGUUCUAGAGAGUUAUGAUGUCAUUUGCAAAAUACUCUGCUUACUUCAACUACUGCACAUGUGACUAUGAUCAGCUUUAACAAUUUGAGUAUCUAGGACUCUAGGUGAAAAAUGUUUUAAGAAAUAUGAAUUUCAGUAAUGAUACCUCUGGGACCACUCCGGUAUCCUUUAUAAGCUUUGUUGUUAUACAUAAUUAUAACAUCAACAGGCACUUGAACAAAAUAUAUUGGAGACCUUUCAGAAUUUCUGAACAUUUUGUGCUUGUAAUUUAAAUAAAACCGUCCACAAUCUCUGACAGAGGUAUUUUUCCUCAUUGGUUAUAAAGAUUAAAUAUUGGUUCGAUUUGUUUUAUAGUGACUAUCGUGUAUUAAUUUCUUACUUUCCUACUUAGGGCCGGCUAAACCGGAGACUGUAAAGUGGCCGUUUGAAAUAAGAUCGCUAGAAACCAUCGAAGCGUAAAAUAUAGUUAUAAAUGUGAAAUUUCAGCCAUUGUAAGCCUCGAAGCGUUUAACUAACUUCUCUGCCGUCUAAAUAUUGACAAAUACUCGAACUAAAGACCUCACGACUUUCAGAGCUCCGCUGUCCAGAAAUCAGUAUAAGAUCGCUGAACCGGCAGUAUCUAAAUGAAGAUUAUUUAUUCGCUGUUUAAAUGACCCCAGUCAACCUAUGACAGCUGCAAAAUAGAGUUAUCAUUGCUGUUCAGUGGGUGUAAGAAUGCCGCAACUUCAAUAUUUA